AUGUCGUCUCGCCGUGAUGAAAUACCACCAGAAGUCCUUGCCGGACUCUCCGAGAAGACACGGGCCUGCUUGGACCGCCUGCGGCGUCACACACCCGACUCUCUAGACUUACGCGGUACCCGUGCUCAACGUACCCGCUCUCGCUCUCGCUCUGGUCGUCGAUAUGGAUCCGAUCGCGAACCGACGUGUAGGCCGGACGUAUCGCACACCCGUCGCGCGGCGGUAUUGCUGCUGCUCUUCGAACGCGAGGGGAAGCUGAGGGUGCUGCUCACGACGCGCUCCCAGAAGCUGAGGAGUCAUCCGGGUCAGACGGCGUUGCCCGGGGGAAAGGUGGACGAUACGGACGCUGACGCGGAGCACACAGCACGACGGGAGGCGUUCGAAGAGGUCGGUUUACCCAUCGACAGCCCGCAUGUACACCAUCUCUGCAGGCUGAGGACGUUCCUCUCCGCGUCGCGACUGCAUGUUACGCCUGUAGUCGUCUUCUUGAGCGAUCCUUCGUUACUUGAACAUCUGAACAAGAACGCGGAGGAAGUGGACUGCAUAUUCGACUGGCCUUUCGAGGCGAUCCUCGAUCCGGAGCUCCUGCGCGAGGAGGAGGAGACGCUCGUCCCGAGGGGAAGCGAACAUUGGUUUUACGACAAGGAGUUUCACACAAUCAACGACGUGCCGUUGGACUGGCUGGGCGGAACGCACUACCGCAACCACAGGUUCCGCAGCUCGGCCUCGCCGGUAAAGGGCCUCACCGCAGACAUCCUCAUCGUGGCGGCGCAGAUCGCGUACGACCGCCCGGCGAGCUUCGAGCCGUACGCGCCCGAUCAGCUGUUCGGCGUCGAUGCCGUAUCUUACGUCCAGCAGCCGCAGACCAAGCAGAAGGACAUCGGAGCCUGA